AUGUCCGAGAAAUCUCUCACUUCCUCUUCUUUACCUCUGCCCGCUCAGUCCCCUUAUAACGGCAGGAGGAAAUCCAACUAUCCCAAGAUCCUCCUCGGUGUCUUAUUCGUCCUAGCUACAUUAGUGAACUUCGGACCAUCCAUCUCAUCCCUCAACCCACUCAGAAAUGAUCUAAAGUUCGUAGAUGAUGAGAAUUGGAUCGAUAGAUAUGAUCAAGGGGACAUAGAGAAAUGGUCGAAAUGCCCUCAACAGCCCAAAGCUUUGUUUCCUAAUUCUACUUGGGAAUUAAGUGAUGAGGAGAAGAAGAAGGUGGUUGAUACGUUCUCGAAAGCUGUCCAAAUCCCCACCGAAUCAUUCGACGAUAAUGGAGAACCUAACGAGGAUCCAAGAUGGAAACCAUUCUUUGAUUUCCAAGCUUGGCUGGAAGACACUUUCCCACUUGCUCACACAACAGCCAAAAUAGAAUACAUCAAUACUUUGGGUAUACUAGCCACUUUCGAAGGAAGUGAUCCAUCCCUCAAACCGUUACUACUUAUGUCCCACUACGAUGUGGUCCCCGCGCCAUCAGAUACGUUCGACCGAUGGACUCAUCCACCUUUCUCGGGGUAUAACGACGGGACGUAUAUCUGGGGAAGAGGUGCGGGUGAUGAUAAACCAUUACUUGUUGCACAAUGGGAGGCAAUCUCCAACUUACUCGAAAACGGUUUCAAGCCCCGACGAACUAUCAUCUUCUCCCACGGCAACGACGAAGAAGAGGUAUUUGCUAGAAGAGGUCAAGGCCACAUUGCACCUUUCUUGGAAGAGAGAUACGGUAAAGAUGGAUUGUUGAUGGUCAUUGAUGAAGGUAGUGGUUUGAUUGAUGAUUUCUAUGGCGCUCCAUUUGCCAUCCCAGGUAUGGGUGAGAAAGGCUAUAUGGACAUAGUUAUUUCAGUCGGUACUGCUGGUGGUCACUCCUCCGUCCCUCCUACUCACAGCGGUAUAGGUAUCAUGUCACAAGUUGUUUCAGCCUUAGAAGAUAACCCAUUCCCUAACAAGCUUACCCCCGCCUCACCUCUUCUGACCUCACUGGAAUGUGCUCUCGCCCACUCUCCAUCUGUGCCAUCACACUACUCCAAACUUCUCAAAUCGGAAGGCCCCAAAUCAUACCCUAAACUUGCCAAAGUAUUAGCUAAAGAAAACCUCAAAUCGAAAGCUAUGGUAGGAACGACCACAGCAGUGGACGUCAUCAACGGAGGAGUAAAAGUGAAUGCUCUGCCUGAACUUGUUACCACAUUGAUCAAUUUCAGAAUCGAUUUUUCAGAAUCUAUCAAUUCUACUCAAGCGCAUGUGAAUAGACUCGUAUCUCACAUUGCAAAAAAGAAUGGAUUGGAUUAUCACGGAUUUGAAAGUAAGAAAAGGGAAGAAUUGGGUGGGAAGUAUAUCUCAGUGGAGUUGUUGGGUUUACCACUUGAACCUGCUCCGAGAACUCCUGCUGAGGGAGGGGUUUGGGAGUUGUUCGCUGGGACUGUCAAAGCUGUCUUACCUGGAUCCAACGGUGAAGAAAGAAUCGUUACUCCCUAUGCUUCGACCGGAAACACCGACUGUAAGAUGUAUUACAACCUUACCAAGAACGUAUAUCGUUUCAUGGGAUCAUCAGUUUCAGCAGGUUCCAAUGCUCACACUGUCGACGAGAAAUUCGCGAUUGAGGGAUACUUCCAAAUUAUCAAAUGGGUUCACGCCAUCAUUCAGAACUCGGAUUCUUACGAUGGCGAAGAGUAA